UCAAAAUUACUCUCUGGGAGGAAGAGAGGAGAUUGGAAAAAGGAAGGGGGUGUGUACCCAAAAAAAAAAAAAGGAAGGGAGAAGGAGACAAAAAAAUCUCUACCUUUUCUUCUUUGUUCUUCGCUUGGAUCGAUCUCCCGAGUUCGUCGUGGACGAAAGGAUUUGGAAAUUUGGUUUUGACAUCACUGCACCGAUGAGAUUUAAGAAAGGGUGCAAGGUGGAGGUCUUGAGGAAGAGGGAGGUGCCCUCAGGCUCCUGGUGGGGUGCAGAGAUCAUCUCGGGGGAUGGUCAUACGUACAGCGUGAAAUAUGAUCAUUACUCGCCGGAUAUGGAUGGGGUCGUGGAAAGAGUACCAAGAAAGGCUAUCAGACCAUGCCCUCCUCCUGUUAAGUGUCCAAGGAGUUGGGUUCCUGGUGACAUUGUGGAGGUCUAUGAGAAUAACUCAUGGAAGCUUGGAGAAGUGUCGAGAGUUGUUGGUGGGAAUUGCUUUUUUGUCAGACUUCUUGGAUCCUCGAGGCAGUUUAGAGUUCAUAUAUCUGACCUUAGGGUGCGACUGUCUUGGCAAAACAGCAAAUGGGUUGUGAUCCAGAAGAAAGCUGAAAGAUCCAAUGAUGCACUUGUUAAAAGCCAGACAAAAACCAGAAAUUUCAGUCAGUUAAUGCAGUCAUGCAUAGAGUUGGAAAAAUAUGGAGGACAUGACCAUGUUUGUACUGGAAAUAAUAACAGGGCUAAGGAACCCACCUCAAGAUGCAUGAAGAAAAGACCACACUUCUGUCUAUCUCCUGUUGACUCAUGCACUGGAUCCAGAAGAAAGAUGAGAGCAGUUGAGAAAGAGAGAUGUUGCCGGCAAGUGACUACUGCACAUUCAUCCCAAUUACUGGAAAAGGUAGAUGCUGUUGCUUCACCAUGUAAAUUGCUUGGUGAAAAAUACAUGCAUGCUUUCUUAAACCACAAAGUUUGUGAAAUGGGCAUGCACAAUCAAAAACCACCUGCUGGUGCUGGCUAUCGUUUCAUAGAAAGCAUAGAACCUAAUGAUGCUGAAAGUGUUUCAUCUUCUGUUGGUAGUUGCAGUCCUAGCAAUAGUCCAUAUAGGUCCAUCCUCUAUCCUAUAUACAGCCCAAUCCAUGAUUUGGGUAGUAAUUGCAAUGAUGCUGAAUCUCCUUGUGCAUCAGGAAGAGAGCUUCCUCUUCAUACAAAAGAGGCACUUGAAGCUGAAAUUCAUCGCUUAGAGUUACAUGCCUAUCGUUGCACCUUGCUGGCAUUGUAUGCAUCCGGGCCCUUAAGUUGGGAGCAAGAAGUGUUGAUAACCAAUCUUCGUUUUAUGCUCCGAAUAUCAAAUGAUGAACAUCUAUCGGAGCUAAGGGCCAAAGUUGGAGGCUUGUAUAGCUUGCCACAGGGCCAGGAUGAUGGGGUUUGGCACAGGGCCAGGAUGACAAAAUAAGUCAGCAUACGAUGAUUAGUUGGUAUCUUCUAUAUCUUUUGUGGCUUGCAUUUGAGUUUCGCUGUGCAUGUGGUAAUGACUACAGGUGGAAAUUGGGAUAAAAUGGUAAUUAUCUAUAAAUUAAUCCCAUGAUUUGGAGAUCUUCCAAGUUUUUAUUUCCGAAACCUUCUCCUUAUCUACCUUGUAGAUUUCAUAGCUUGCUUGUACUGGCUCUGCUGUGUGCAUGUCACAGGCACCUAGAAACUUAAAAUGCUGACUUUUUUUGGGCUUAAGAUUUAUAACAAAUCUGAUGCAUAUUUUGGCUUCCUUACUCUUGUUAAGAGUGGCAUGCAAACCUUAAAGAGGACGCAUUGGUUUAGAUCUAGAAGCUUCUAAGUGAAACUUUAGAAGCAAGGAAUAUUCAUCCAUAAUACUUUGAACAGAACAUAGCGGAUGGCAGCACAUGAAUAGCAAUGGCAUGAAAAUGUGCACAACAUUCUGAAAAAAAUAUUUCUUUUUCUUGAUGCGUUUCUUAGAUUAUUGAAUAUCUGAUGAGAAAGGGUAUGCUUCCUGAUACCAGAGGAGAAGAUCAGAAGCAAUACAAAAUGAUUUUGUAUGUUUGCUUAAAAGUUUGAUAACAAAAAAGUUGUUUUCCCUAUAGGGCUGUCCUUUCAUAUUUCCCCUUUUUCUAGGGUGGGGGUGGGGUUUGGGCUACAACGGAGCAACCAGCUGGGGAUGAACUACUGCUGUUUCCCUCAGUGGACAUCAUUAUAAGAGAACAAGAUUUAGAAAUCUGAACAUGUAUGGUUGUCAAACUAUAACACUCCUAUACAAUUGAAUGAAGGUCAAGAUGAAUCAAAUUAUCUAUUUACUGAGGGGAGAACAGAGGAGGAAUUGGAAGCAGAAACUCAUGGUAUAGAGUUACAUGCUUUUCAUUGUAAUAGAACAAGAUAUAGAAAUCUGAACAUGUAAAGUCGUCAAACAGUGCCAUUUUUAAUACCAUUGAAUAAGGGUCACGAUGAAUCAGAUAUAGUUUUUUACUAAGAGAUCUUUCUAUUUGUACAAAGGAGGAAUUGGAAGCAGAAGUUCAUUGUAUACGGUUACAUGCCUAUCAUUCUGCUCUGUUGGCAUUCUAUGCAUCUGGACCCUUUAGCUAUGAGCAACAAACACCGAUGACUAAUGUCUGCAUUAUGCUUCAUAGAUCAAAUGAUGAAGAUGUAGUGUAAUAACUAAGGCAUUGUACAUCUGUCUGUUACUCAUCAUAGUUGUGAUGAUGUCAUUCCCUUGCCAUUGCAGGGUUUUCUUAUACCUUUGUUCUAUUUUUGUUCUCAUUCUUCCUUAGCAUUGUAAGACAGGCAUUGAAUUUAUGUCUGCAAGUUUUGUAUUUGGAGGUUAAGACAACAUUGCUGUGGCAGGAAUUUUGUACAAUAUACCUUUCCAUAAAGCAAGGAAAUAGCCUGGAUUGAAGGAGGGCACUUAUUGCUCGAGAAGCUUUGUUAAGAUGGACAUCUAAAUAUUGUGGCUGGCGUAUUUGUGUGCAUGUGCUUUCUUGCUUGCAUGCACUUUAUAGGAAAAGGAUGGGGUUCUUCUUGACAUUUAAAAUCAUGGGUAUUCAGAUAAGAAUUUGGCAGGUUUCAAGAUGUCCAUGGUUGCUGAGAACAUUUUGAACUGUCAUAUGUGAAUGUGUGCCAAUUGUCUCAGGAGAAAAUUUUAAAUUGUUUCUUUAUUUUCUUGAGUGCAGAUUUAUUGAUUAAUUCAUUUGCAAUCCCUUAUGUAUAAGUAGCUUCUCUGUGCUCAGUUAUCUCAACAGUCUGAUUGUUGGAUAUUUCUUAGAGAACUUUAACAUCAUCCAUAGGAUCUGAAACUCUUAACGAUUUUGCAUUUAGAAUAUAUUUAUAUCCCUUGUGUA